AGUCUCGAUAGCAAGGCUGCACGCAUCUGCUGUGAGAGACUCAGCUGAUAGUGCAUGUCGAAAGAGAAAGGAAAUGAGCAAAAACUCGGUCGGAACCACUGCAGACGUCCCAGCACCUUGGCCUUCGGCAGUUCUAAGUUGGGAGUACCAAGCCUCGAAAGAAAGUCUUCCUCCGAUCCGGAACUGGGAAGCAGAGCCACCGUCAUCGGUAACGAGAGGGGUUUCCCAGCAGGUCUCACUGUUGAUGAACUUGGUCUGUACCGUCGAAGGCGCCCUCCUACUUGUCUUCGUCCUAAGGACAACCUCAAACCGGAAGAAGGAUCUCUUAAAUCAAUAACGUCCGAAUACCGAAGACGGUUUAUUCCACAUCCGGUUCUUCCUACUGAUAAGAGAUACUACUUCGGUGAGGACCACCUGGUUGAUGGCCUGGGAGCCCCAGAAGUGUCUCUAGUCACGAAUGGUGCCAUUGACACAGACGGGAAGCAUCAGGCUUUAGUAAAGAGAAAUGUCAGGAGUAGAAAACCUGAAGACGGUCUCAAGUUGGAAGGCGAAGCGAUCCUGAGGCCAGAGUACUACGAUACCUUUGUAGAUUUCCCGCGUCAGAGACCCAAAGUCAUUAGACCUCGCACACACAUAACCUCAGAAAAUCAUCGUGAGCUUCCCAUGAACUUGGUAACAGAGAAAAACGCGCAGUAUGUACUCUUUGAUGGUGCAAGGAGACCAGAACUUGCACGAAGACAAACCACGCUGCAUGCCGAGGGUGAUGUAUUGGUAAAACUAUCCGAGAUACAUUCAUGUUACGUUCCUCAUGAAGGUGCCAAAAGGUCAGAUCUCGCUAGGCGUAAAACAAGUCUUAGAAUGGAAGGUGAGAUCGACGCAAUAACGGAACAGAAAGACAAGUACGUGGGAUUUCCAGAAAGGUGUCGAGCGGAAUUGUCUAAAAGAGCCACACAACUCUGCUUAGAAGGCGAAAUUGACGCGUUAACAGAAAAUAACGAGAAAUACAUACUUUUUCGAUCACCUGAAAGGACUGAGCUAAAGAGAAGACCAACUAAUCUCAAACUCGAAGGAGGUGUGGAGAAAAUGACGGAAAACUCUAGUAAUUUUAUUGAAUUCCUUGAAGCUAAAAGAGCAGAGAUGUUAAGGAGAUCAAAUAAUCUCCAUUUAGAAGGGGAUAUUCAAUAUGCAUCAGGGUACAGGGACACUUACAUUGAUUUUCCAAGAGAAAGGCCGAUCAUAUCAAGGCCACGAGAGAGUUUAAAGCAAGAAGGAGACCUUGAUAUUACGACAGAGAAGAAAUCUCAGUUUAUAGACUUUGUAUCAAAAUGUAAGAGACCAGAUCUUGCAAGAAAACCGACAAAUUUAAGACUUGAAGGUAAACUAGAAUCGAAACCAGAAUACAGAGAUUCGUACGUUGAUUUUCCGAGGCAAAGACCUAAAGUAAAAAAGCCAGACAUAUCUCUGAAGCCUGAAGGAGACAUUGAAAAGAUUACAGAGAAAAAAGCUCAGUUUAUUCCAUUUUCAAUUAGCGACAGACCUGUGAGUGUCAAGAGACCGCCAUCAAGCUUACGUCUCGAAGGCGAAAUGAACACGAAUCCUGAGUACAAAGAAUCAUUUACAAAUUUUCCUAGGGAGAGACCUGUGGUUAAAAAACCAGCAGGUCAUCUUCAACAUGACCCUAAAACGUUACUUCUUUUCGUCGACGAACCUGUCAAAGAGCCUAGAGGCCCAGGCCGACCACCUGAAAGUAAUCUUCGCUCACAAACUGGAAUAGCUACAAACCCAGACCAUAGAUCUUCCCACGCAGAUUUACCCAGAGAGAGGGCGGUCACAAGAAGAACUCAGGGACAUUUAGGACGUCAAAAUAGGGAUACCACUUUGUCCGAUUCACCAAUUACAAGAGGACACUCUGAAAGAAGACACAGGAGAACAUCUGAUGUUGAGGUAGAAUCGAAGAGGACAUAUGUUGAUUACACAGCACGCGGAAGGACGCCUAGCAGAAGAAGACCAGAGGACAAUAUGCAAAGAGCAAGGAAUUCAUCACUGGCAACAGAAAUAAGCAGUCCACAUAUGUCAAGAAGACUUAACGUGUCAACAAGUGUGGCUCCCAUGGCAACGCACGGUCCAGGUGUUUACCAUUCCGUGUCCAGGGUCGAGCCUAUGUCCAGAGCGAAGGCUGUGACGUUUGAACUUGGAGGUAGCCGACCGAAAACAUGCCCCAGGUGGGGUGAUUCGACAGGCGCCUUGAGGCAAAACACGAAGGAGCCGUCGCAAUUGCCCGCCGCGGAUACCGGAAGCUACGAGCCAACAUUCAGGCUACACGUCAUGAACGUGGAUGAUGCAUAUGACGAAAAUGAUGAUUUUGCUCGCAGGCGACGCCGUGGGAGACGACGUCCAUCUUCCAGGAGUUCACCCCCGCACCCCACACUCUCGAGGUCUAUUGUUUCAUCGAGGGCACCAUCUCCGGAAAUUGCACAUCAAUUUCCGACAACACCCCAGGUGCAGUACCCACUGUUCCCUUUGAAGAACAACAGCAAUCCAGCGUUUGUAGUUCUGGACGAUCUCAACAACAACAGCCGCAUGUCUCAGGCCCCCAUGGCAACUCCUCGCAGCAACUUCUUGCAGAUACCACCUGGCAAACAACAACCCCAGCGAGGUGGUAGCCAUGGCAACUGGAUGGCACCAUGGCAUGAUGCUCCUGCUUCCAUUUGAACAAAUUAUAUUUCCUUUGCCAUCUGUAUAAAAAGGGCUUUAUAUUUCACUUCUCAUUUGUCACCAAAUGUUAAGGUUUCUCUUGGAAUACCAAUACAUACUUGGUGUUGUUUACUUACUUACUCCUUUGUUCUCUGGAUUCCUGGUCUCCUGUACAACAGAUGCUCAUUAUUCUCUCCCUAGGUUCAACACGUACUGUUUCAUGGGGCGAGGUUGUUAGACACAUUAACAACCCCCAAACCAGAGGAUCAGGGGCUGCCUUUCGUCUGACCCCUACCCUUUCACCUGUCUAACAUGGAUGACCCUACCAGGAACUUAGAUCCCCACUAGCAUAGUUCUGUGGGGAUGAGGACACACACGCCUCACCUUGUCCUAUGUCCAUACUGGCUUACUUUUGUACCCUGAAGAUGGAGGCAGCAGACUUCUUCAAGAGACUGAUAUAAUUACACUGCAGUACUUGACAGAAGACAGUGGUGUUUGCAGUAACAGCUACGAGAACCGCGAGUCUCACGUUUUAACAGCGCAGUACCAAGUAGAAACCCUGCCUGUGCUGAUGCUUUAAUGUAGUGGGGAGAUAGGAUUUGGGGCCAGUAGGAAAAAUUUUGUCCCUUGAUAAGGUUGUUUUGGAGGGCGGAGUGACUGGGAGAGGCGUAGCUGUCUGAACCAAUAGGAGGUAGAGGCGAGUCAGGAAAACAGUAGCCCUUUGAAGGACCUUCCUCAAGGGCAGAGUAUGGAAAAAAAUAGAUAAGUGAAGGCAGAAAACAGAUUACAGUGUGUCACAUUGAAGAAAACAAUCAUCUUAAUAACAACUUUUGCUUGAACGUCACCAUUGUGCGACUAACCAUGCUUACAACUACAUUCCCAGGUUAAGUGACUGUUUUAACAUGACUUGUCAUAAAAUUAUCUCACAUUUGCUAAUAGAGAGAAUCAAAUGACCUUGUUAUUAAGGAGCCAUGAUAGUCCAGUCAGUACUUUAACUAAGCUACUGGCAACUCUAUGGAACUGGGUUCCAUUCUCGACAGGGGAAGAGAUUUUUCUUCUCCACAGCACCCACGCUGGCUCUAGAACUCACCCAGUCCCCUAUCCAACGAGUUCCAUGGGUUCUCUCCCCAGAGUGAAACUGACCACUCACUUCCAGCUAGUGCUGAGGUUAAGAAUGGGUG